AUGGUCUUCAAAGCCCUCCUCUUCGCAACCCGCAAAGCGGGAAUCACUCCGGCCGAGUUCAAAACCCACUAUGACACCGUCCACCUCCCGCUCAUCAAAAGCCUCGCAGGCGACACUCUGCCCAUCUAUCAUAAACGAUCCUACCUUGCACGACCUCUAGCGGGCGAGGACAACAGCUACCCGGCCGCAGUAGUCCUGGGAACACAGGACGACUUCACCUACGACUGCAUUACCGAAAUCGCCUUUGAGAACGAGGAAGGCUUUAAAGUGUUCUUCGGCAAAAGAAUGCAGCCUGGGAUCAAGGAGGUCAUUGAUGCCGACGAGGAGAAGUUUCUGGACUCGACUAAGGUCAAGGUUGUGAUACUGGGGGAUGUUUCGGAGACGUUCUUUUGA